AUGGCAGAGCCCUACGAGAUCCGUGCUGCCAUGAUCGCUGAAUCCGAGAAAAGGUCGUAUGUGCUCAAGAUAGACGGAUACUCAAUGGCCAACGCGCUGCUCAAGAACGGGGAGUGCACGACUUCCGCCCCGUUCAGCGUUGGAGGCCACAACUGGGUCGUGAGAUAUUACCCCAACGGCUAUCCUAAGCACUGUGACAAUUAUAUCUCUCUCUAUGUACAGCUUGAAGCUGCCGAUGCCGAUGCCGAGGACGUGAAGGCCAAGGCCAAAUUGAAGCUCAGCCUACUCGACAAGAAUGCAAAUCCGGUGCCUUGGUACUGCCGUACCAUCCCUCUACACACCUUCUCAAGGAGGGCUCCAGACCGUGGCUGCCAUGACUUCAUCUACAAGGCUGGCCUUGAGGUAUCGCCGCACCUUAGAGACGAUUGUCUCACCAUCAGGUGCGAUGUCACCGUCGUGAAGGACAUCGACCAAGAAGCAAGGAUUCCUCCAACCGACCUGCACCGGCAUCUCGGCGAUCUCCUACAGAGCAAGGAUGGAGCGGACCUGACCUUUCAUGUCGGCGGACGGACAUUCCCGGCUCACAGGUGUGUCCUCGCUGCUCGGUCAUGCGUGUUCAAGGCGGAGCUCCUCGGUGCCAUGGCGGAGAGUUCCUCUAGUACUAUUGAAAUUCGUGACAUGGAACCUGAUGUGUUUGAGUACUUGCUCCAUUUCAUAUACACCGACUCGGUUCCUCUACUUGAUGUGGUGAUGGCCGGGCAUCUACUCGAAGCGGCUGACAGGUACGACAUCGGUAGGCUGAAGGUGAUAUGCGAGGAGAAAUUGUGCAGUCACAUUGAUUCCAACAUGGUGGCGACCAGCUUGGCUUUGGCCAAGCAGCAUGGUUUCCGUCGUCUCAAACAAGCGUGUUUGCAGUUCCUUGCUUCUCCCUCCAAUUUGAAUGCUACGAUAGCAAGUGAUGGCUUUGAGCAUCUGCUAUCCAGCUGCGGCUGGUCUGUUUUUGAGGAGCUGAGAGAUAGAACCAUCCGGCUGAAUCCUAAAAGGGAUAUUAUCACGACAUUCCGGAAGUAA